AUGACAUCGGUUGAUUUACAACAAAUGGAAAUAAAUUCAUCAGCACGAUCAAAAAAAUUACUACCACCACCAUUACGUUUACCAGAAACAAAUACAACAGAUGAAGAAAAAUUUUUAAAUUCUAAUCAAAAACGUGAACAAAAAAAAUCUACAAAUAAUUGUUGUUUAUCAUCAUCAUCAGAAGAUUGUCCACAUCAGUCUAUCCCAUUUAUUCUUCCUGCAAGUCAACGUUCACAAAUUCUUGAAACAUUAAUGAAUUCUUCAUCUACUUUAUUAGUACCACCACCAUCAGACACAAAACAUAAAAAGUCUUAUAAUUCUACUCAUGUAAAUCAAAUAAAUUUACUCAAACAACGUCAAUCAUCAUCAAAAGCUACAAUUACUGAUGCUGAAUGGAUUGAUUUUAUACGUUUAAUUAUACAUAAACCAUUAGAACGUGAACUUAAAGCAUUACUUGAUAAUUAUAAAAUGACUUAUUUUGAUCGAGUUAAUGCACCCAAUACAACUGAUGAAACUAUUCGUUCAAGUUUAUGUGCUAUGGUAACUGAAGCUUUAGCUACAUACUCAGCCAGUUCAAUAUUACCAGCACAAACAACAGAUGAUUUAACAACAAACGUUCAUUCUCCUAUUCCACCAAUAACUAUUACAACUAAUGGCAAUGCAAAACGGAAACGCAAAAAUACGAGCAAUAGUUCAUCUAUAUCUACAUCAGUUACAAUAAAUAGUCAAACAAAAUUUGUUAUUAGUCAUAUUAUACCCGGUAAAUAUGAUAAUCACAAUAAUGGUAAUAAAAUGACAAAUCAACAAGCAUUAAAACAAUUUCAAAAGAAAUAUAGUCAUUUAUUCAAAUACAUACCUGAAAAAGAUGAGCAAGAAUAUCUGAUACGUGAAGGACAUUUAAAAAAUAUUUCAAUUUCAUCGUCUCGUUCAUCUAACAAUAAUAAUAAUAUUUGUUUAAUGUUAUACGAUGAAGUUGUUAUUUAUAUGGAUGAAUAUGAUCUUGAAUUAAGUGGAAUAUCUAUUGAUGAUUCAUUUAUAUUACCAGAAUCAAUGUUUGCACAUAUAUAUUCAUCUAAUUAA